CGUCUGCUGGUAUAAUGUCUGCCAGUAUGUCUGCCGGUGUAAUGUCUGCUGAUGCUGGUAUGUCUGCUGGUGCCGGUGUAAUGUCUGCUGGUACUGGUGUGUCUGCUGGUGCCGGUGUAAUGUCUGCUGGUGCCGGUGUGUCUGCUGGUGCUGGUGUAAUGUCUGCUAGUGCCGGUGUAAUGUCUGCUGGUGCCGGUGCUGGUGUAAUGUCUGCUGGU